CGGUGCAGCGGGGUGCGGUUCCGGGUCGUGGCGCGGCUCGGGGAAGCAGGGCUCGCUGGCUGCUGCUGCUCGGCCGGUCGGCGGCGGGCGGCGGGCGGCAGGGGCAUGAGGGCGAGCCCGGGAGACGGCAGCUGAGAGGGCCGGGACGAGCGCCGGGCCGAGUCGGGGCCGGGGCCGGGAGGCAUCAGGGAGCCGGGCCCUCCCCCCUCGGGAACGUGUCCCCAGGCCACCCCGGCCUCGUAGUGUGGCAGCAGCUUCAGACCCAGACACUUGCUGCAAAGCUUGCCAGGAGAGUUGUUCAAUCAACAUAUUCUGCUUUCCAUCUCCUUAUGAGGCACUCGAUACGCUGUUCUGGCCUAGAUGAGCUGGCUGUCACGUUUCUCGCCUAUACCUGGGCAUGCUGUCUGCUCAACAACUGACGAAACCCAGUCCUGAUGCAUGUACUCCAAGGUAGGUGAGCUCGUGAAACAGUAUGAAGAGGAGAAAAUAGCCUUUUAAGGAAACGGGCCCACAGAGAGGAUGGCCUUCUUGGACAAUCCAGCUAUCAUUCUAGCUCAUAUUCGACAGUCCCAUGUGACCAGUGAUGACACGGGAAUGUGUGAGAUGGUUCUCAUUGACCAUGAUGUUGACCUAGAGAAGAUUCAUCCUCCUUCACUGCCUGCAGACAGUGGGUCAGAAAUUCAGGGGAGCAAUGGUGAGACUCAGGGCUAUGUGUAUGCCCAGUCAGUCGAUAUUACCUCGAGCUGGGACUUUGGUAUUAGAAGACGCUCAAACACAGCUCAAAGAUUAGAACGGCUCCGAAAAGAGAGACAAAACCAGAUCAAAUGCAAAAAUGUUCAGUGGAAAGAAAGAAAUUCUAAGCAAUCAGCCCAGGAGUUAAAGUCACUGUUUGAAAAAAAAUCCCUCAAAGAAAAGCCUCCGAAUUCUGGCAAGCAGUCAAUCUUGUCUGUGCGCCUGGAGCAGUGCCCUCUGCAGCUGAAUAACCCCUUUAAUGAGUACUCCAAGUUUGAUGGCAAGGGUCAUGUUGGUACUACAGCCACCAAGAAGAUCGACGUCUACCUCCCCCUGCACUCGAGCCAGGACAGACUGCUGCCAAUGACUGUGGUGACCAUGGCCAGUGCCAGAGUGCAGGACCUGAUUGGGCUCAUCUGCUGGCAGUACACGAGCGAAGGACGGGAGCCGAAGCUCAAUGACAAUGUCAGUGCCUACUGCCUGCAUAUUGCUGAGGAUGAUGGAGAGGUAGACACAGACUUCCCCCCGCUGGACUCCAAUGAGCCCAUUCAUAAGUUUGGCUUCAGCACUUUGGCCCUGGUGGAGAAGUAUUCAUCUCCUGGUCUGACGUCCAAGGAAUCACUGUUUGUUCGAAUAAAUGCUGCUCACGGAUUCUCCCUUAUUCAGGUGGACAACACAAAGGUCUCCAUGAAGGAAAUCUUGCUAAAGGCAGUGAAACGAAGAAAAGGAUCUCAGAAGAUUUCAGGCCCUCAGUACCGCCUGGAGAAGCAGAGCGAGCCCAAUGUCGCCGUGGACCUGGAGAGCACUUUGGAGAGCCAGGGCGCCUGGGAGUUCUGCCUGGUCCGCGAGAACAGUUCAAGGGCAGAUGGGGUUUUUGAGGAGGAUUCGCAAAUUGACAUAGCCACAGUGCAGGAUAUGCUAAGCAGCCACCAUUACAAGUCAUUCAAGGUCAGCAUGAUCCACAGACUGCGAUUCACCACCGACGUCCAGUUAGGGAUCUCCGGAGACAAAGUGGAGAUUGACCCCGUUACAAAUCAGAAGGCCAGCACUAAGUUUUGGAUUAAGCAGAAGCCCAUCUCGAUCGAUUCUGACCUGCUCUGUGCCUGUGACCUUGCGGAAGAGAAAAGCCCCAGUCACGCAAUAUUUAAACUCACAUACCUAAGCAAUCAUGACUACAAGCACCUCUACUUUGAAUCUGACGCUGCUACUGUCAGUGAAGUCGUGCUCAAGGUGAACUACAUCCUGGAAUCGCGAGCAAGCACUGCCCGGGCUGACUAUUUUGCUCAAAAACAAAGAAAACUGAACAGACGUACGAGCUUCAGCUUCCAGAAGGAGAAGAAAUCAGGGCAGGGGCAGCAGUGAUCCGGCCUCAAACUGCUGCUCGAGCCUGCCCGCCGGGGCCAGGUGGCCCGCUGUCCUCGCGGGCACAGGGCUGGGGGCAACGCAGACCACCAAGAACAUUGCCCCAGGCCACGCCGUGACGGCCACGGCUCCGACAGGCACCGCCCCGAGGCUCCUCUGCCCGGCCACCCUGUCGAGGAUGUAUAUAGCCGCACCCGGACAUUUCCGUCAACUUGAUCAAAUUUCUUAAAGCAAGUGAAGAACAAAAAUGUACAUUUUUUUUCUUUUAAUAAACAGGCAUACUCCUUAUCCCGG